AAUGAAGUUGAAUGGUCAUCCAUCGUAAACUUUCUAAGCAUUUUAAUGGCUGCUGGGCAUACGUCAUGACAAAUGAGAGAGAAAGAAAGGGAUCAAUCAUGGGCGGAGAUGAUCGAAAACGCCGUUGUUUAGCGAUGACUCUGACGGUGGUUCUGUUCCUGGGAAUUUUAGAACUCGGCGAAGGAGAGCUGAAAGGAGAUUAUUCAAAGAUAUCGGGAAUUAUAAUCCCAGGAUUUGCUUCAACUCAGCUGAGAGCUUGGUCCAUUCUCGACUGCCCUUACUCUCCCCUCGAUUUCAAUCCACUCGACUUGGUUUGGCUCGACACUACAAAACUCCUCUCAGCUGUAAAUUGUUGGCUUAAGUGUAUGUUUCUUGAUCCUUACAACCAAACUGAUCACCCAGAAUGCAAGUCACGCCCUGAUAGCGGUCUUUCUGCUAUUACAGAACUUGAUCCAGGUUACAUUACAGGCCCUCUUUCUUCAGUGUGGAAAGAAUGGGUUAAGUGGUGCAUUGAAUUUGGUAUUGAGGCUAAUGCAAUCAUAGCUGUCCCAUAUGAUUGGAGAUUGUCACCAUCGAUGCUUGAGGAGCGUGACCUUUAUUUUCACAAGUUAAAGCUGACAUUUGAAACUGCUUAUAAACUUCGUGGGGGGCCAUCAAUUGUGUUUGCCCAUUCAUUGGGUAAUAAUGUCUUCCGCUACUUUUUGGAGUGGUUAAAGCUAGAAAUUGCACCAAGACAGUACAUCCAAUGGUUAGAUGAUCACAUAUAUGCUUAUUUUGCCGUGGGAGCUCCUCUUCUUGGUUCAACAGAGACGGUCAAAGCAGUACUUUCUGGAAACACAUUUGGCCUUCCUGUUUCCGAGGUUACUUUUCUACUUUUUCUCAAAAACCACCACAUCCUACAUGAACUUUUUUAACAGCUUUCGUUUACA